AUGCGCAAGCGCAGUGUUCCUGACCCUUUUUCCGAGUUUUCAGCUCCGCCUUCCCCGAGAGGAAUUCAGAGCUUUGGAAGGGGUGGGGAGGAAACUGCAGGAGGAGGGGCCUCAGUGGAGGAAGUGGGCGGGACUUCAGGUAGCAAGACGCGGCGUUUAGCUCCCGCCGCUGGGCGGUCAACUAGCGCGGGCCUGGCGGAACGGGGCGGCGCACGGAGACCGCGAGGCGACCGGGAGCGGCUGGGCCCCCGGCGGCGCGCCCCUCGGCCGGGCGGGGAGUCGCGCCAGUCGGAGUCCCAGGCCGCGCGCGGCCUGCCUCGCUCUCAGCGUCCAUCUGUCCGGAGUGCAGCUAGCGGGCAUGACCGAUCCACCAGGGGCGCCGCCGCCGCCGGCGCUCGCAGGCCGCGGGUGAAGAAGGUUCGUCCCCGCUCGACGCGGAGCGAGAAGGUGACCCAGGCCGAGGAAGCGCCCCGGGCCAAGGAGGAGACCCGGGCGGAAGAGGUGGCACCGACUGGAGAGGUGACCCAAACCCAGGAAAUGGCGGCAGCCGAGCUCUGCGUGACCAUCACCCACAACAAUGAGAAGUAUGACCUUCAUGUUACCCCACAGCAAGGCAGCAAUGAACCAAUUGUCCAAGACCUGGCCCAGGUUGUGGAAGAAGCCACAGGGGUUCCACUGGCUUUUCAGAAACUCAUAUUUAAGGGAAAAUCUUUGAAGGAAAUGGAGACACCAUUGUCAGCACUUGGAAUACAAAAUGGCUGCCGGGUCAUGUUAAUUGGAGAAAAGAAUAGUCCAGAGGAAGAGGCUGAAUUAAAGAAGUUGAAAGAUUUGGAGAAGUCAGUGGAGAAGAUAGCUGACCACCUGGAAGAUCUGAAUAAAGAACUUACUGGAAUCCAGCAGGGUUUUCUGGCUAAGGAUUUGCAAGCUGAAGCUCUCGGCAAACUUGAUAGGCGAGUAAAAGCCACAAUUGAGCAGUUUAUGAAGAUCUUAGAGGAGAUUGACACAAUGAUCCUACCAGAAAAUUUCAAAGACAGUAGGCUAAAAAGGAAGGGUUUGGUGAAAAAAGUUCAGGCAUUCCUAGCUGAGUGUGACACAGUGGAGCAGAACAUCUGCCAGGAGUCUGAGCGGCUGCAGUCUACAAACUUGGCCCUUGUUGAGUGAGGUGCAGUGGAGAAUGGUGCUGACUGAAGAACAGCUCUGUCCUCUCUGGAACAGAAAUUGCCUGUUUCUCCAUAGCUGUUAAAGGCAACUGGCCAAUUAUCAAUUUUCCUACUCCUACACCACUUCUCAAUGAAAAAGUACUAUCUUUGCAACCUUAA